AUGAGUUUAGACUCACUCUUCCAACAAAUUCUCCAGGCUGAAUAUCAGCAGUCGGAACAGACACAAAAACUCAAAGACGUAAAAGUGGAAAUUAUCCGAUACAAUGAGAAGAUUAAGAGUGAAACCGAAAAAUAUAAGCAGAUCACAGAUGAACUUGAUAAAAAGGCUGAGCAGUUGUCCACCAUGACUCUGCAGUGUGAUAUGAUGAGAAAAUGCGAAGACCAGGCAUUGAAGCAAAUUGAGGAGCAGCUUUGUCAGCAGAGUCACCUCAAUAGUCGUCUGGCCAAGAUCAAGAAGGAAUCUAAAGAAGAAGAGCAUCAGUUCCUCCAGGCGAUCACCAAAUUCAACACUGACUUCAGCCUGACAGGGAACAGCGCAGCCGUGUUGGAGAGCCAGACUCACGCUGAGAUCCUGGCCCUGCGCAGGGAGGCUGAAACUUUACUCAAAGAGAUGGAUGACAUGAAAAGCAGGAACAGCCACAUGAGCUCCACAGUUAAGGAACGGCGCCGGCUGCUGCUGGAACUGCAGGAGCUGAAGAACCUCCAGAGAGACCUGGAUCGGCAGACGAAGGAGGCCCGAGCACAGACCAACUCUCUGCGGUCAGAGGUUGAGUUCGUUAGUCAGAAGCACCUCACCGACAGCACCUGUCUGAGCCUGAGGAAGGAGCUGGAGCUGGAGCUGCAGAAAAAUGAAGACCUUGAACAACUGCGGCGGUCCCUGAGCUCCGAGGUGCAGCUCCUCCAGGCAAAACUGAAGAGCAGCCAGGAAAGUGAGCAGCAUUAG